AUGCCGUUUUUGCAUAGAUGUUUGUGGAGACGAUUACUCCAAGUUACAAUUUCGACCAAGUUCAUUCAGAAUGCAGUAAACGAACUUUAUUAUACCGCAAGGAAGGGUAGAGACGACGUUAGCAACCGCGGAAAGGAACUUUCGAGAAUAUCGCGUUGCGCGCAUGCGCGUACUGCUCCGCUUCACUACCGGUCUGCUGCUGCUCCUUGCUGCUCCUCGCGGUUCAGAUUUAGGUUACACAACGCGCACGAGUUCACGAGUGCGUGUUCGUCGCCGGUUUCGUACUCUGACCGACUCGGUGAUUGUGAAGGGAUCGCGAUCAUGGCCGCUGCCAAUGUUGUGAAGAGACUGAUUCCUCUUUUUGACAGAGUCCUUGUACAAAGGGCCGAGGCUAUUACCAAAACGAAAGGUGGUAUUGUACUGCCAGAGAAAGCUCAAGCAAAAGUUUUGCGAGGCACAGUUGUGGCCGCAGGCCCUGGAGCGAGAAACGAUAAAGGAGAACAUGUGCCUUUAAGCAUUAAGAUCGGAGAUGUUGUGUUACUUCCUGAAUAUGGCGGCACAAAGGUUGAACUUGAAGACAAUAAGGAAUAUCACUUGUUCCGCGAGUCGGAUAUAUUAGCCAAAGUAGAAGUUUAACUCGUUGAAUUUAAGUUUCCAGUUUUGUAAAUGCUACAAGUUAUUCUUCUAUAAUUUCAUCAAUUAGCAGCAAAAAAUAUGUACACAGUUUUGCAUAUGUAAUUAAAAAAGUUUUGUUUAACUUGAUAAAAACACCUACUUUUUUCUAUUGCU